UAUAUAUCUCCAUCACCUUCCUCACAAGGCAACCAUAACCUCUCCCCCUCAACCACACCACCAAUGGGUAUUUUCCCUGAUGACCCUAAACCUUAUGUGAUAGAAGACUGCAUGGGAGCUGUAAAACUCUACAGUAACGGCACCGUUUUGAGGUCCAAUGACACCAAGUUUAAAAGCUCUUACGUUCAAGACCAAUCCGUACAAUACAAAGAUUAUUUAUACGACCGGAUAAAUAAACUCCAUCUUCGUAUUUACAAACCCAUUUCAGAAAAUCCAAACCCUAAAUUUCCUGUUAUGUUUUUCAUUCAUGGUGGAGGGUUUUGUGUUGGUUCAUUUUCUUGGUCAACCUCACACAAUCCUUGUAUUCGUUUAGCUUCUACUCUAAAAGCACUUGUGGUUUCCAUAGACUACCGACUGGCGCCGGAAAAACGGCUUCCGGCGGCCAUGGAGGACGCUUUCAGCGCCAUGAAAUGGCUGCAAAGGAAGGCUAUGGGCUUGAGUGGAGAGGAUAAUGAGUGUGGCGGCGAUGCAGCAUGGUUCAAAAUUAGCGAGGUUGACUUUGACCGAGUUUUUGUUGUUGGCGAUUCUUCGGGGGGAAAUAUCGCGCAAGACUUGGCAGUUCGGAUCCCGUCCGGUUCGAAUGGGUUGGAUCCGCUCCGGGUCCGAGGUUAUGUGCUGCUGGCACCCUUUUUCGGUGGGAUUGAGAGAACCAAGUCUGAAAAUGGACCCAGUGAGACUGUUCUGAAUCUGGAUUUACUUGACAUGUUUUGGAGGUUAUGUUUACCACAUGGAGAAACAAGUAGAGACCAUCCUUGUGCCAACCCAUUUGGCCCCUGGAGCCCUAGCCUUGAAGCUCAGAAACUUGACCCUAUUUUGGUGGUUGCUGGUGAGUAUGAAUUGCUGAAAGAUAGAGCCCAGGAUUAUGCUAAAAGGCUAAAGGAAAUGGGGAAGAAAAUUGAAUACGUUGAGUUUGAAGGAGAGGAGCAUGGCUUCUUCACUAACGAUCCCUACUCAGAACCUGCUAAUAAAUUUGUGGAAAUCCUGAAGAAGUUCAUUUCAGAAAAUUCAACUUAAUUGGCUAGUUAGGGUUUUCUUUGAUAGACGCAGACUGUGAAGGAUGGUUUCCAUUAAAGAUGGUGUGUGUAGUGCCAAACUUAAUUAGGCUUGAUAAAUAAUGGCUUCAUGCAUGCAUAAUUAGUUGCUUGGUUAUGAAACUUAUGCAAAAUUAAGUUUGAUUUAAGGGAUUUUGAAGUGUUUAAUUGUGUAUCAAAGUUAAAGUAUUGUGCGGUGGAUUAAGAGUGCAGUAGUGCUGUAUAAAAGAGAUCGUGUGAAAGUGGCUUCACAUAUUUAUAAAAGAGUUUCAACAGCA